AUGGCUCCCGAGACGCGCUCCCGCGGCGUCGCUCCGCCGAGUAGAGUCUACCACUCGUCGCCCGUGCUGCAGCAGGUCCAGUUCCCCUCGCGGCGCAAGAAGGUCCGCACCUACGGGCGGCAAACUUCGGACCGCCUACGCCAGCAGACGCUCACCCAGAUAGACUUUGUCUCGAGCUUCGACGACGACGAUGACGACGGCGUCAUUGUUCUGACGGACAGCGAGGACGAGGGGCGCGACAAGGAGAAUAGGAACCCCGAGCCGCCCGCCAGGGAUCAUUCCAAGAGGGACAAAGAGAGUUGUGCAACGGAGGACAAGGGUUCGGAGCACGAGGACGACGAGCCGGCUCCGUUGAGGCGGAGGAAUGGCGGUGGGAGGAAGAGACCGGUGCCCGAGCCGACUAACAAAGGGGCCAAAGGCAAGAGAAGGCGCACGUUGGGCGAUGAGACUGAAAUGAGCAAGGCCGAUGACGACAAGAGCUCGAGGCGGAGAACCAUGGGCGACUCGCCGGCCACGUCCAAGUUCCACACCCAGACCUUGACGCAGUUCCUCGGCCACCGCUCACUCAUCGCCGACUCGGACGACGACGCCGACGACGGCUUGGCUACUGGCAGCGAUCUCGAUCAAGACAAUGGCUUCCUUGACUGGCUCGGCGAGCAGGGUAGCCCCAGUCUAGGGCGCAGCAAGACCGCCACCCGGCUCUCGCCUUCCCACAAUGCUCGCUCUACCGUACCCGCGUCCAGACGUGAAGCCUCGGCAUCGGCGCAUUCUCGAGAGGAGUCCGUCAUCCCACAGACUCCUGUCAAGCGCGUUCCCGCUAUUCGUUUUGCCGUGCCUCUCGAGGAUGUCUCGGGCGGGCUCGCCUCGAAGAUGAGGCGCUACGGGCCCCCGGACAUGCUCACCUCCCCGCUCAAGGACCGUUCGUCGCCCGCAGCGCGGCUGCCGCUGGAACUGACGGGCACGCCUCGACACCUAGCGGCGACACCAACGCGGCAUCGAACGGCGGCCGAGACGCCAGCAAAGAGUCAUAGAGAGACUCCAUCCCCAAGGAAGAAGGCAACAUCUCCGGAGAAGGCGGACAAGGGUCUCGAGGAGAUUCCCGAUUCGGACGACGAGGAUAGUUCGUUCGAGCAGGAGAGCGAACAAGGCGACGACGAUGGGGGGAGACAUGAAGGCGAUCACUGUUACGGUGCGGGCGCGGAGACGCAGCUCGCCAUGCAUGCGCUGGCUUCCAGCGAGGAGGAGUUGCUGCUCGACAGGCCGCGUCUAGGUCUCGUCCAGCCGUCGUCCGCACAAUCUCCCAAGCCGCAGCCGACCUCGAGCCCGGUCCCGGAAACCACCGGCUCCAUCUCGACGACCCUGUCUGAGCCUCCAUCACCAGGGUCACAGCCCGCUCCCACGCCUUCGCGCUUGGCGAGGCCCAAGCCCAAGCCCGCCAAGCCCAUUAGGAAGCCUCUAUACCACCCGCCCUCGUCCCCGCUCCAAAGCCAGCCCCUCGAGUCCCAGCGCGUGCCCAUAUCCAUCUUGCAGUCCCUGCCGCCGCACACGGCCCGGUCCGACAUCCUGCUCCCCGUCGGCGCCCCCUCGCUCGCGGCACUGCUCGGCGGCCACCAGGUUCACGUGCACACCCCCUCCAAGAUCCCCGACCAGGUGGUGCGCUUCUGGCUCCUCGACGGCGCGCUGCUGCGCUACAUGGCCUGCGUCGAACUCCCCGGGGAGGCCGCGCGGGACGGCGGCGGCAACGACGUUUGGCAGUACUACGUCAAGCAAGUGUACGAGCUGAACAACCCCGUCGACGAGGACGACAUGCGCGAGGAGGGAUGGGUCAACGGCUCGGUCGCCAAGUACGUCUACCUCCCGCCGGCCGUGGUCGGACAGCUGCUCUGGAACCUCCGGCAUGCCCUCUUCCGGGACCAAGAGGCGCAGCAGGAUGAUGCCGACGAGGUGGACGAGGAACAGGGCGCAGGCGAGGUUGAGGGCGACGACGGGCUUCCUCGCGUCGACGGCGGCGGCGCUCGGCAGCGGCAGCAGCGACGCCUUGCGAGAUGCGAGAUGCCGGCCGCCGACGGCAUGACCGUUUCUCAGCAGGUCGCCGCCCAGAUCCGCAGCGACAUUGCCCACUCAACCCAGUUCAUCCCCUCGACUCAGGAUGACGACGACGACAGCCUCGUCAACGCAGAGGAGCACCCCCCCCCCGUUUCCGCCCCUCGCCAACCUCCUCCCUCUUCCUCACCAAACUUCAACGCUGCUGCUUCUGUUACCGCUUCUCCUCACCUUCCUCCGCCCCCGCCUCCUCCACCUCGCGCACGCCUGCCCACCAAGCAUCUCCCCCGUCUCUCGCAGGCAACCACGGCGUCGCAGCCGUCGACGCCCGAGAAGCCGCAGCAACACUCGCUCGGCAGCGCCAGCCUGCUCGCCUUGCUCGACCACCACCACGACGCCGCCGUUCCCUUGCCAUCGUCGACCCCCUCGGUCCCCGCCUCGCAGCUCUUGUCCAGGAGCCAGUUGCUGUCCGAGAGCCUCGUCCGCGACCACACCCCCCCGCCCCCGCCCCCCGAAAUCUGGGACUCGGACGACGACGACGUCCCGCUGUGA